AUGCCACCAGCUCACCCGCGCCCGAAAAGCAGCAGCAGCAGCCGCCAGCAGGGGAGUGGGAAGACCACCUCCUCUCCCAUCAUCAUCAUCGACGCGGACACCCCCGGCACAUCCAUCCAUAGCAGCAGCACGCCGGAGAUCGAAGAGAUUGACCGGUCCACAUUCGAGCAGAGCGCGAAGAAGCGAAAGCGAGCCAAAUUCACGACGGAUCCAGAGUACUACGAUGACCUGCCGUAUAGCCCGCAGGACUGCUUCACGUCGGGGCUGGAUCAGGGGUGUUGGCCGGAGGGUACGAGUGGGGAGUUCUGGGGUAAGGUGUUGAGUAGGUGGGAGGAGAGUUUGGCGGUGGAGACGGUGGAGGAGAGGAGGGGGUGGUUUUUGAGGGAUGUGUGGGAAUUCAUGAGUGAUGAGGAGAGUGGGGAGGGGAGGGGGAGGAGGAAUAGGGAGGGAGGUUUUGGUCUUCUGUGGGAGGAGGAGGAAGGUGGGAGGGCGAGCUGCGUGGGAGUAGAGGCUAUAGCAAGGCAGAGGUGUGGUAUUGAAUCGGCUUGA